AUGGGCUCGCUGCUGGUGAUACGCAUUCUGCUUUUUCUUGCUGCAGCAGCUGCAGAUUGCUUUCACAAGGACCAUGACGAGGAACUGCGACUGAUCAAUGUAAACGGGGAGAACUUCGCUUUCCCCUUGGCAUAUGGCUCGUGGAGUUCUGCAGGGCCCGUCGCUCGCAUCAUUCAAAUCAUCCUGGAGGAGGAGCUGCGCAUCGCCGUGCAAAUGAAUCAGUUUCGGUCCAGCACGGACCUCCUCAAGCAAACGCUGGGCUGCACAGAUGCGCAGGGAAAUGCGCGAAGCGCCCAGGAUCUCUGCGAGUGGGGCAACCAGGACCCACCACUGUUCUCAUGGGCGGCCGUGGAAGUCUGGCCAACGACAGAGGAGAACAAGAGGUUAAGGCGCCUGUUGGGCACAGGGCAUGCUAUGGGCUACCAGACAUUCCCCGGUCUGUACACCCAGAAGCACGUCGUAAAGGACGGGCUGGCCGGACAGGUGCCCCUUGCACGUGGCGAUUGCCAUCAACAGCUGCGAAGUUCCAUAAGCCUUCCUGUGAUAUCUGUCAUCCCUCGAUGA